AUGAAAAUAGCCAAAGCUAAAUUUAGAGAUCAAGAAGUCAACUGCUGUCUCGAACCGGGAUUUUUGGGGCCAGCUAUGUGUAGCGAUAAAAUUCUCAAGCACAUUGGUGGGAAAAUCACUAGACGAAUAAGUUCUGAAGAUAAAGAUAGUAGAUUUUUCAGGGAGAUGACUACACAUCCGAUUGGAUGGAACGUGAUUCCACUUACUUUUACUUCAAGUGUAGAAUGUAGUCGAUUUAGCAAACAAUAUACAUCUAUUACAAUUCCAACCCAGCUCCAGACAUAUAGAGCAGAAAUUGUAACUGACGCAGAGGAUGGUUGGGCAAGAACAACUCUUCGUAUCAAAAAUCUUGCCGGAAGGAAAGGAAAAUCCAUAGUAGUACCUGUGUAUAAGUUUGAUAGAAGCGAAACUUCAUUGCUACGCAAUAAUCAGUCGGGUUCUUCGGAUUCUCGCUUACAGCAAAAUAAAAGCAAGAAAAAUAAGGUCAAGUAUUCCAUCAUAGAAUCGGAAUCAGAUACUAACUCUGAUACUUCUGAAUCAAGCACUUCAUCUACUUCGGGAUCAGAAGAUACACAUAUAUAUAAGAGCGUGCGAUGUCGCAAAGUAAAAAAGAACAAUUAA